CUGCGGCAAGAGCGGCGCCGGGCGGCCGCCGCCACCCGCGAAGCGAGGCGUGGGGCCAGUGCUCUCUGACGCAGCUCCCGGCUGCUUUCCCUCAUCUCUGCAGAGCGGGGAGGCAGAGAGCGUGCCAGCAUGGCAGAAAAAGCCAACAAUUUCCCUCCGCUGCCUCGCUUCAUCCCCUUGAAGCCAUGUUUCUACCAGGACUUCGAUGCUGAGAUCCCACCGCAGCACCGCACCAUGGCCAAGCGGCUCUACUACCUCUGGAUGCUGAACAGCAUCACCUUGGCGGUGAAUCUCGUUGGCUGCCUCGCAUGGCUGAUUGGAGGCGGUGGAGCUGUUAAUUUGGGACUGGCAAUUCUCUGGCUCAUUCUCUUUACGCCCUGCUCCUAUGUCUGCUGGUUUAGACCUAUUUACAAAGCUUUCAAGACAGACAGCUCCUUCAGCUUCAUGGCCUUCUUCUUCACCUUCAUGGCCCAGCUGGUGAUCAGCAUCAUCCAGGCCGUGGGGAUUCCUGGCUGGGGUGUCUGCGGCUGGAUUGCAGCAAUCUCCUUCUUUGGGACCAAUGUGGGGUCGGCUGUGGUGAUGCUGAUCCCCACCAUCCUGUUCACAGGAAUGGCAGUCUUCUCCUUCAUCGCCCUCACUAUGGUGCACAAGUUCUACCGGGGGAGUGGUGGGAGCUUCAGCAAAGCGCAGGAGGAGUGGACCACGGGAGCCUGGAAGAACCCACACGUACAGCAGGCAGCUCAGAACGCAGCCAUGGGGGCUGCACAGGGGGCCAUGAUGCAGCAUGAGACGCAGUACUCGGCCACCCCCAACUACACCUACUCCAAUGAGAUGUGAGCGGCGGGGCUGCGGCCUCGGGAAGAAGCACUGGGGGGGAAGGAGGAGGAGGAGGAAGAAGGCUGAGCUGAGUUCCUGCAGCUGUUUCAGAAAGCUGGAGUGUACCAUAAUUUUCUUUCCCUGUUCUUUGUAACUGGAUCUGUCUUUUCUUUUUUCCUUUUGCCUGUCAGCACCUUGAGCUCUUCUUUUCUCCCUCUUUUAUUUCUCAUGUUGGAGAGGCUGUGAGUUGACCAGCAGGAUUCUCAUUGUGGUAGUACGUGUAUGUUCCUGUAUUCUUCUUUUCCCUGUGAAAUAGUGCACGGUGGUGGUUUAUUAUUACUGUGGUGAUAGGUGUGUUAGAACUACAUCAGCCAAAAGCCCCCCCAAAAGGGAAAGAUUAAAAAAUAGUGACCAGCACCCAUCUCCUCUAAAUAAGAGCUGAACUACA